GGGUGAGGGAGGUGCAGUUGACUUUUAGCUCUGGCCUGUUUCUUCUGUCCUUGAAAUGAGGAGAAAUCUCAUUCUCUCAUUUACAAUUCUUGACUAACAGUACCUUAACCAAGCCCAUGUCAAUGCGGAUCACUUUUAAUAACUAUUGAUCCUCUUUCACGCUCUUCACGACGAUAUUCAACGUAAACUGGCUGAUCCAAGGCCCACUUCGCUCGUUAGGUGGUCAACCAAGACCAGCCUAUUUCGGCCCCAGGCCUAAGCCUAAGCCUAAGCCUAAGCCUGGCUCAAACUUCACCGUCCAGGUCCUCGUAAGUCUUUUUGCCUUCUCUUUCAACUUGGACGGCUACAAGCUUCUGGUGUCCAUUGUUUUACCUCUCACGGGCCAGCCUCGGCUGCUGAGCUAUCAAUUCAUCUUUUGCAUCUCGUUGCACUCACUCGUGCCCUUCAAAACCUCGUCCUUUCGACCGUUUCGGCUCACACCACCUGCGCAGCCACUUUCCUCCUCCCCUCCCCGUCCACGGGACCAAUUCACGCGCGCGCGACUCUCCCAGAGAAAAACUACAGUCGACAAACCGACACCCGCGCACAGGAACUGCAGAAAUAGCAAUCGCAAUCGCAACAACUAGCCGCCGACAACGUGCGAAUGGAUCGUGUCGCUUCGGCUGAGCUGUAGACCCAUACAAGAUUGCUGCAGCGAGCCGCAAAUGAUCUGCGAACCUGACGCCGCCUUGCGUAACCUCGAGAUCCAAUGGGAGCAUAAGACAAAAUGACCGACCGGAAUGCCGCUACCAUGGGCAAGAGCGCUAAGCAGGAGCCUGCCAAAGGCGACGAUGGCAAGGCUGUGAAUCGCGACAAGAACUCGAAUGCCACUGCUUCUGGCAAUCAUAAGGCCCCUACGAAAAAGAGACGUAAAGUCAACCACGGUACGUCUUCCUAAGUAUUGACACUAUCUUCCCUUGCACAGGCUCCAGAUGUGGUGUUGCGCAAUGUGCUCCUGGGAGUUCGCGUUGGGGUUGGGAGUGAAGGUCAUGAUACUGGAUAUAGUUGCGAUCGAAAGACUCUUGAAUCAUGACCAAUCAACUAGCUAAGCCAUCGACUCAUCAACUCCAAUUCCAGGGGCAAGGUUCAACAUGGCGCAUGCAUCUAUCUACCUUAACCAAGAAAAACAUUGGGCUGACAUCGCUGGGGCGCUUCAUUACAGCUUGCGUAUAUUGUCGACGAUCUGUAAGUUAACCCCAAGUUCAACGACGCGCGUUCGCAUUGGUUCUGUCUGGACCUCGAGCAGCUUUAGCCGUGCUUAGCAGCCAGGUCAUUUGUUGAGCUGGAAGUAUUGUGCGACGGACAUGGCGCCUAUGAGACAAAUCUCGUCUAGUUUACCCUUCACUUUGCAUAUGUGAGCUUUGAGAGAACUGUAGCUGACAAUCUGUUUUCUACCUGCGUCCAGCAUAUGACUUGCGAUCUUGAGAGACCAUGUACCAGAUGCAUUAAACGGAAUAUUGGGCAUCUCUGUCACGAUGAACCUCGCGAUGCCGAUUCCAAGAAGGCAAAGAGUGUUCAGAGCACCCAGAGCAUACAGGCACCCUCUGUAGUUGAUGAAUCGGACGCACAGUCCGAUAUGGCUCGUAGCUCGAUUUCUAGUACCAUGGGCCCACCUCCCCCAACGUUUGACACGACGAGGCAGCGAGGUUCCAAAUCUUUUGGGGGAGUGCUGGGUCAAGGAAGCCCACUGUCCAUUGUGCAACCCGGCCAGGUCUCGGGCCUGCAGGGCAAUGCGUUGAACAACGGCAACAGUAACGCGAAUCAAUGUACGUUUUGUGUCCCUUUCUCCUGCCCUGAGAGGGGCCUGUCCCUUGUUUCAAUUUUUAAUCACGAGCGGAGACGGGUGGGCUGAGGUUGGGGCUGCCCAGAAAUCUGUUCCUGAUCUGAGAUCGCUGACACGCCACUAGUUGCGGGUUUCCAAGAUGCGUGGAUGACAGCCCAGAACCAUUUUCAUGAUAUGCACAGCUAUCACCCCAACUACAUGAUUGCCUCAGAAGUCACUCACGAGUUCAAUCUUCUCAACGAUUUCCUCCAUACGAGUCUACUCGAUGACGGUAGUGUGCCGCCAGAGGAACAACAGAGCCCGGCAUUCAAGCGGUCGAGCCAGAGCCAGUCGGAGAUGCUACCCAGGUUUGGAAAUAACGCCAACACCUCUAUGGGAGCUGGUGGUUCAAACACCAUGUCAAACAUGACAGAGGGAUCAAUGCUGCCACCCCCUCCGAAUGUUGAGGGUAAGAACAUUCUACGACCGGGAAGCGUUGUGCCCGCCGACAAGGCUCGCGAAUACUAUCUACAAGCUGCCGACCCAUCAGGCAACGACACGCCAGAGGAGCGAAUGGCGCGUGUGCUCAAGGCCAAGUACGACGCUGGGCUUCUAAAGCCGUUCAAUUACAUCAACGGUUAUUCUCGCUUGGGUGCAUAUCUCAAUUCACACAUCACAACAGCGUCAAGAGAAAAGAUUCUGAGGACCAUCGCCCGGUUCCGGCCCGCUUUUCGAGAAAAGGCACAUGCUUUGACGGAUAUAGAACUUGUGUACGUUGAGAUGUGGUUUGAGAAACAGCUCAUGGACUAUGACCGGGUGUUUGCAAGUAUGGCAGUGCCCGCGUGCUGCUGGCGAAGAACCGGUGAAAUCUUCAGGGGCAACAAGGAGAUGGCAGAGUUGAUUGGCGUGUCAGUAGCUCAGCUCAGAGAUGGCAAAAUCGCGUUGCACGAAAUCCUCACAGAAGAAUCAAUGGUGCGAUACUGGGAAGAGUUUGGCACGAUUGCCUUCGAUCCAGCGCAUGAGACCCUCUUGACGGCCUGCUCCCUGAAGAAUCCAACCCCUGGGUCAACGCAUCCAGUUGUGAAAUGUUGUUUCUCGUUCAUGAUCAGAAGAGAUGAGCACAAACUGCCAGCUCUAAUUGUUGGUAAUUUCUUGCCGCAUGACCCACCAGCACAAUAACCAUGGGUGUAUUGAUGUAUGUAUAUGCUGUAAAUAUAUGAUGCUUCGUAAGAAGAAGCACAGCAUUAGUUGCCACACUUGCAAAUGAGUGCUGUGAGGCCUCAAACAUUAGUAAGAAAAAGAAAAUAGUCGGAAUUGGGAACGGCGCUUGGAUACAAGGAUUCGGAGCGUAUGUAUUCAUUUGCAUUACGUUAGACAGGAGACAACAGUUUGAAUAUUAUUUUGCUUUUGAGAAGUCCUUGGUGAUGAUUUUCUUCCGUGUCCUUGGUUUCAUGACCUUUGGAAUCCGAUUUUCGGCUUUGGACAGUUGGAAGGAGCACUGUCAUCGCUCCUGCUCACAAACGUUCCGCAGCAGGCUCACAUGACUCGGUUGUAAAUGCAGGAGGAUCUUAUGGGUCA